UGCAUCUUCAAAUUUCUAAAUCAAAUUUUGAUGUCGCGCAGGACAACGCCGGAGGAGUUAUAAGAGUUUAUCGCUACAAUCGCAAUCUCCGUCAGCCUCUCGAGUUCGCUAGCCAUGUUGUCCAUCUUCGCCGUGCCUCUUCUUGCUCUGUCUGCUGCAAGUGCGAGCACGCUCACUGCCCGCUCCACUUCCCCUGUCGUAGGAACUUGGUAUGCUGGUUGGCAUGCUACCAAUGGGUUUCCGCUGUCUUCAAUGAAUUGGGGAAAGUACAAUACAGUGUACUACUCGUUUGCGAUCCCCACUUCAAGCGUUGACAGUCUCAGCCUGGAUGGCUCUAAUGGCGAUCUACUUCCUCAGUUCGUUUCUGAAGCUCAUAAAAAUGGUGUUGCAGCUCAUGUUGGUCUUGGAGGCUGGACUGGGAGUCUUUGGUUCUCUUCUAGCGUUGCCACAUCUAGCCACAGGACGGCAUUUGUCAAGACCGUGGCAGAUUUUGCUGAUAAGUACAAACUUGAUGGCAUCCAGUUCGACUGGGAAUAUCCCGGCAAGCAGGGUGUUGGUUGCAAUACCGUCAGUGUCAAUGACACAACCAAUUUCCUCAAAUUCCUCCAGGAGCUUCGCCAAAACACAGUGGGGGCAAAGCUGACACUCUCAGCCGCGGUAUCCCUCCUACCCUUCAUGGACGCUAGCGGACAUCCUUCUGCUGACGUCUCCGGUUUUGCGAAGGUCUUCGAUUACAUCACUUUGAUGAACUAUGACGUUUGGGGCUCUUGGUCUGAGCAUGUGGGGCCAAACGCACCGUUGAACGACACCUGCGCAUCGUCCGCAAGACAACAGGGCUCUGCCGUUUCUGCAGUUAAGGCUUGGACUGCCGCAGGCAUACCGGUCAACAAGAUUGUACUUGGAGUUGCUACCUACGGCCACUCGUUCAGCGUAUCUCCCUCUGCCGCCUUCAAGCCUGGCACGAAGAAUGUAGCUCCAUACCCCGUUUUUGACGCCUCGAAGCAGCCCUUGGGUGAUGUGUGGGAUGACGGAGUCGGUGGUGCCGAUGUUUGUGGUGUGAGUCAAGGCCCAGGGGGCACUUUCAGAUUUUGGGGCCUUGUGGACGGCGGCUUCCUUAACAAGGAAGGCAAGCCUGCUGAUGGCAUUUACCACAGAUAUGACAGAUGCAGUGAGACUCCGUAUCUAUACAAUGAGACCUCACAAGUCAUGAUCUCCUAUGACAAUCCCAAGUCAUUCGCUGCCAAGGGCAAGUUCAUUAAGGAGGCUGGACUGCGCGGUUUCACAAUGUGGGAGGCUGGUGGUGAUUACAACAAUAUGCUCCUAGACUCUAUCAGCGAAGCUAUGGGGCAUUAAUACGCUGCUGAUAGCAUCCCUAUACACUCUUCCAGUCGCUACUAAAAUGGACUACAGUUGCUCUCUAACCGUAAAUGCGUUGACAUUCCCUACAUACUAAUUAAUAGUAUAUUUUCGUUC